CAUCUGAAUGACACAUACACACAUACACGUACACACACUCAAGCAGCGGGACAGCCUGCCUCCACUCACUUUGCCUCAGGAAGAGCUGGAGAGAAGAGCGAGAGAGAGAAAGGAAGGAAGGAGGGAAUAUUAUUUUUGUCCCCUGUAUGUUUUUGUAUCUCUACCGGUGUAUCGGACUUAGACGUUGCUACUGUUAGAUAGAGAGCUUCUCUGAGCAGAGCCGGCCUUCCCCGCUGCCAGGGUUCUUGGAUUAGUCCGUCCCGGUGGGGAGAGCUGCCGACCGGACCAGCAUGGGGAACCAGGCGGGAAGACUGGAGGAGUCCGAGUCAGGCAUCCAAUCAGGAUCCAAGAAGUCUGGUAUCCCUGCCCCCAGGGAGAUUCCCCCCACCAUGACCAGGGACCGUGUGUCGCUGAGGGACCAGCUGCGGACCUCCACGACCAAGAAGAUGGUCCCCAGCGCCAGCACCUCCAGCCUGGCCACCCUGGCAGCCAAGCACCAGCGUGGCUCCACCACCACAAAGCCCAGGGUGGACGCCGAGGGCUCGGAGAGAGGCUUCCUGGAGUGCCAGGUGAAGGAGCUUCUGGCCGAGGCCAAGGCCAAGGAGUUUGAGAUCAGCAAGCUGAGGAUAGAGCUGCAGCGCUGCCGGGGGAAAGCCUCAUUGUCUUCAUCCCCCUCGCCUCACAACACCCCCUCCACCCCACCUGAGGGUGCCCCCGAUCAGGGCCAAGGUCUAUCCCAGCAGGCCACAGAUGCCCAGGCCCUGGUGGGGGAGCUGAGGGAGAAGAACGGGAAGUUCCAGAGGGAGCUGGCAGCUCUGAGGGAGGAGAACCAGGCCCUGAAGGAGAAGCUUCUCUCCCUGGAAACUUCGCCUGCCUCUCCUCUGUCCAACAACACUACCACCACCACCAGCCCCUCCAAGCCCUCCGUCAACGGCCUCCCCUCAGACAACAACACUAGUCCCCCAGCCAAGUCACCCACACCCAGCCCGCUCAAAACCUCAGUCUCCUCCGGCAGUGACAUCACCAAGGGCUCGCCCUCUCCGGACUCCUCAGAGUUUGAGAAGAUCCCGUCGCAGUCUGACUCAGUGAGCAGCAGUGGUGUAGGGGUGGGGAAGGGUCCGGGUCGCGACCCCUCAGUGGAGAGCCUGACGGAGCAGAUCCAGAAGAUGGAGGAAAGUCAGCACAGUACGGCAGAGGAGCUCCAGGCAACACUACAGGAGCUGGCCGACCAACAGCAGGUGGUCCAGGAGCUGACGGCUGAGAAUGAGCGCCUGGCCGAGGAGAAGGGCCUCCUACAGACGUCGCUGCAGCAGCAAAGGGAGAGGGUAGAGUUGCUGGCCCAGAAGAAUGAGGCCCUGGCCGGGAAGCUGCAGGAGGUGGCCCAGGUCCAGAGCGGGGACGAGUCACGGGCGGCUGAGCUGGAGCAGCGCUACGCUGACCUGGUGGAGAGCUCUCACUUUGAGAGGGAGAAGCUGGUGGACAUCCAGCAGCAGCUGACGGGGAGCCUGAGGACCCUGGAAGAGGAGCACCAGGAAACCCAGGGGCAGGUGAGGUCCCUCAGGCAGGAGAGGGAUGACCUCCAAGGCCGGCUGGAGAAGGAGGUGGAGGCCGGGGGUGAGAUGACGCGUGCGGCUGAGGAACACAGGGCUGCAACGGAUGCCCUGAGGGUGGAGAACAGACGACUCAAAGCCCAGGUGGACCUAGAGAGACAGAAGGUUGGGGAGCUGAAGGCCAUGCAGAGUGCUGGGGACAGCACAGAGCUGCAGAGGCUGCUGAAGGCGGCCCAUUCUGAGAGAGACAGACUGGAGGGGGAGGUAACAGAGCUACGGCAGGAGCUGCUACAGGCCCAGACUGACACUGAACACGCACAGGGACUGCUGUCCAAGGCUGAGGCUGAGUGCAAGCAGGUGGCAGAGCGAGCCGUAAGGCUUGAGGAAGCGCUGAGUGGCCAUGUCAGUGCCCUGGAGAAGGGGGGGCAGCAGGCCGACGGCCAAAUCAAGGACCUGAAGGAGACCAUCUUUGAGCUGGAGGACCAGGUGGAGCAGCAGAGAGCCGUCCACCUCCACACCAACCAGACCAUCCUGGACCUAGAGCACCAACUCAAGAAGCUGGAGGAGCAGAAGUCGGAAGUGGAGAAGCAGCUGAAGAUCUUAAGUAAACAGAUGAAGGAUGAGACGGAGGAGUGGCGGCGGUUCCAGGCAGACCUCCAGACAGCCGUGGUGGUGGCCAACGACAUCAAGGUAGAGGCCCAGCAGGAGAUCCGCUCUCUGAGGAGGAGGUUACAGGAGGAGCAGGGGCGCAGCGCCAAGCUCUCAUCAGACCUGGAGCAGCAGAAGGGAGUCAAGUCGUUGCGUGAUGACACUGAGAGUUUCUCAGAUGCAGAUGGCAGUCCUCACUGGUGUGGCAUCUCCAUGACCCAGACCACCCAGACCCAGUCCACCUCCUCGCCCAUCAACACCAACGGCAACGCUGCCUCCUCCCCCUCGGAGCCCGGAGCCACCGUCAAAUCACUCAUCAAGUCCUUUGACACAGCUGUACAGAAUGGACCUGGUCCUGGACACACGGUACAAAUGCACUCCUCACCUAGAAGCCCUCUGAGUGGGAUCCCUGUCCGCACAGCACCCGCAGCUGCUGUCUCCCCCAUCCAGAGGCAUUCGUCUAUCAAACCGCUCUCAAAGACACUGGAGAAAAGGAUUAACCAUGGAGAUUUCUCUCAUUCAGAUAAGUAUGGGGGCUCUGGGGAUGAGCUGAAGCCCAGCAGCCUUAUGAGGAAGAGUCCUUCCCUGGAGUCGGUCAUCAAGUCCCCAGCAACCUUCAGCAGCCGCAGCCACUCCAUGAGAUACAACAAGAACAACAGCAAGCUCAGUGUGGAAAGAAAGGACCCCUUGGCUGCACUGGCGCGGGAGUAUGGGGGAUCUAAGAGGAACGCUCUACUGAAGUGGUGCCAGAAGAAAACAGAAGGCUAUCCGAACAUUGAUGUGACAAACUUCAGCAGCAGCUGGAGUGAUGGCCUGGCAUUCUGUGCUCUCCUCCACACCUACCUGCCCGCACACAUCCCUUACCAGGAACUCAUCAGUCAAGACAAGGGCCGGAAUCUGUCCCUGGCAUUUCAGGCUGCAGAGAGCAUUGGCAUCAAACCCUCCCUGGACAUUGAUGAGUUGAUGCACACGGACAGACCGGACUGGCAGAGUGUCAUGCAGUACGUUUCUCAGAUCUACAAGUACUUUGAGACUUGACCAGAGAACAGGGGGCGGAGGAGGAGGAAGAAAGGAUGCACUGCAGCACUUUCUGUACGGUCCAUGUCCCCUUCUCUCAACAUGGAACCCUAGAACCCUUAUUCCUCAAACACACUGACUGAAUCCCCUCAACUGACCCUCACAUCCUCCUCAACACUAAAAGUUUGAACUUGCUUGGAGUUACUGUUUUUCCUACGUACAUAAUGGUACAAUCGACACUUUGUGUUAAAAUGCUGAGAUCUGUGACUGCAAAUAAGAAAUAUAAAACCUUGUUAGCCCUUACAUGGAAAGACAUGAUGCAAUUAUUUUUUAUUGUUUAUGUUGAAGUCCAAUGAUUAUUUAGAAAUUAUACUUUAAAGGGAUAGUUCACCUAAAUUACAAAAUUACAUAUUGGUUUCCUUAUCCUGCAAG